UUGGGCUGAACUACCGGCACCCUCCGGGACGAUUGUUUCAUGUUGGUGACAGGGUUUAUCUUUCCACCCGCAAUAUUAACUUAAAGACGGACUCUAAGAAACUCACUGCUCGGUUCAUAGGACCUUACAAGAUCACUCAUCGAUUAAACCCUGUCACCUUCAGGCUCCAGCUGCCCCCCUCCCUCCGGAUCCACCCUGUAUUCCAUCAGUCCCAACUCAAACAUGUCUUUUUCUCUCCUCUGUCUCCCCAGGUCACCGCCCCACCUCCGCCCCGGAUCAUUGACGGUGGUCCUGCGUACACCGUCCGGCGAAUCCUCGAUUCGCGACCCCGUGGCCGUGGCACCCAGUACCUUGUCGACUGGGAAGGUUACGGUCCGGAGGAGCGGUCUUGGGUUCCCGGGCGGUUCAUCUUGGAUCCAGCUCUCAUCCAGGACUACCGUCGUCGGGUAUCCUCCAUCCCGGGACCGUCCGGUGCCGGUCCUGGAGGGGGGGGUACUGUCACACGUACCAGAUCACGUGAGGUCACGAGGUCCCGGAAGUAACAUCACGCAGGUAUUUAAACAGGAAGCAGGUGUUGUCUAGCACCAGACAUUGAGUUUUCGAUGCGAGACUCAUUCUCCGGUCCCUACUCUUCAUCGGCUCACGUGAGUAAUCUCUCUGCUCUUCGGAGCGUUUAUCUACCUGUCUGUGUGCGUGUGGGAACGCGGAUUUCUUGGUGGAAAUCUCAACUCCGUGUUGGAGCGUUCUCAGAACAAACUGCGUGGUUAACCUGCUCACUCGUGUGUAUCCGCGUUUGAGUUUUCCGCUGCGCUACACGGGGACAUAUCUCGAUCAUUCAUCUCUGUUCUCGCCUCCGUGACAUAUACAUUUAGAUAUAGGCAUACCACUCAUGAAUGUAGGUAAGCACACAAAUGACAUGAAAAAUGAUAAGAAUAUAAGGCAUACUGUACUUCCCAUGCGUGCUACAUUUUAAUGGUUGUGCAACUGUGGUACUGAUCAUAUCCAGAUAAUGCUCUACCUCAAGUUUUUCGAUUAUUCACACAGGAAGGAAAGAGAAAGAGUAGCAGAAUCAUACCAGAAAGCUGAGAAAGUAUCAAGUAAUUUGAGUGGUCCCUAAACCCAGAUAGGCAGAUCUGAAUGCUGUUAAUCUGCAGCAAAAUCAACAAAGCAAAAAGUUGGCAGUCAAACAUCUUUAAUAUGGAAGCUACUACUCCAGAUUUCACAUACCCUGAAUUGGUGACUCCCUGUCCAGUCAGCAUGCAGUAUAUGAACAGCACGGUUUUGGUCUUAGUUUACAUAAUAAUCUUUUCCCUGAGCUUGCUGGAAAACACAGUGGUGAUCUUUGUGGUGUUUUCCAUGAAGAACCGCAGGACGUCUACUGACAUUUACCUGAUGCACCUGGCCAUCGCUGACCUGUUCUUUUCUUUGACGCUCCCUUUCUGGGCCGCCUACUUUCACGCUGGCCAUUGGAUGUUCAGCACAGUUAUGUGCAAGCUGGUUUCAGGCUUGCAGGAAGCUACAUUUUACUGCUGCGUCUUUCUGCUGGCAUGCAUUAGUGUUAAUCGCUACCUGGCUAUUGUAAAAACAACCCAAUUUCUCACUCAAAAACGGCAUCUGGUUGGUAUAGUGUGUGCAAUGGUGUGGCUAUGCGCCAUUAUGUUAUCCAUUCCAGUUAUACUGCACCGUGAGGCUUUCCCACAUCAUUUUUUAGAGGAUACACCAUUGCACAUAUGCCAUGACAGUCUGCCCGCAGACAACAUUGACAGCUGGAGGGUAGGUUUGCGAAUUAUCCACCACACUUUGGGAUUCUUCCUGCCAUUCACCAUCAUGAUGUACUGCUACGGCUCUACAGUGUGCCACUUGCGCAACAGCCAAAAGCAAAAGGCCAUGUGGAUCCUGUGCAUCGUGUUGGCUUUUAUCAUAUGCUGGUUGCCCAUUAAUGUCACAGAGUUCAUAGACAACCUGAUGCGAGCCGAGCAGUUGAUGGAAACGUGUGAGCAGAGAGACAGAAUAGACGUGGCCUUGCACAUCACACAGGUGAUGUCUUUCUCUCACUGUGCGAUAAACCCCAUCCUGUAUGCCUUUACUCAGAAGAAAUUCCGCAACGAGCUCCUGACAUCGCUCUUUAAGAAAGGCCUGUUGAGGAGAGACACGUUUUUCAAGUAUCGUGUGGAAUCUGUUCAUAGCUCUGAAAGCACUAGGCAAAUGAUCAGCAGUCCUUCUCCUCAACCAGGAGAUUUUACCCCUCGAGGACCACACCAGUGAGCUGUUGAUUGUGCUAUAUAUAUGUUAUGUAUAUAUGUGUAUAUGUGCUAUAUAUAUAUAUAUAAGACGCCUGCAUUUAUUUGAUCCAAAAUACAGCAAAGGCAGUAAUACUGUAAAAUAUUUUUACUA